AUGGCCGGAAUCAAGCGUGUCUUGGCCAUUGCGGCCUGCGCCAUCUUGGGCCUGCUGCUCUUCAUGGGACAGACGGUCGAGGCCAAAGGACCAAAGAUCACCAACAAGGUCUUCUUCGACAUCGAACAUGAUGGCAAGCCUCUUGGAAAGAUUGUUAUGGGAUUGUACGGAAAGACGGUUCCAGAGACCACUGAGAACUUCCGUGCUUUGGCCACUGGCGAGAAGGGAUACGGCUAUGAGGGCUCUGCCUUCCACCGUGUCAUCAAGGACUUCAUGAUCCAGGGUGGUGACUUCACCAAGGGGGACGGAACCGGUGGAAAGUCCAUCUACGGCGAGAAGUUCAAGGACGAGAACUUCAAGCUACGUCACACCAAGACUGGUCUUCUCAGCAUGGCCAACGCUGGAAGGAACACUAACGGAUCUCAAUUCUUCAUCACCACCGCCAUCACCAGCUGGUUGGAUGGCAAGCACGUCGUCUUUGGUGAAGUGCUCGAGGGCUACGACAUCGUCGACAAAAUCCAAAACGUCGCAAAGGGUGCUCAGGACCGCCCAAGCAAGGAGGUCAAGAUCGUGAAGAGCGGAGAAAUUGAGAUGCCAAAGGAACAAGGUGCUUCUUCCGAAGAAGGUACAGAAUCAUCAUCCGACACUCAAAAAGAAGAGGCCCCAGUCCGUGAUGAAAUCUAG